AUGCUUUUGUACGCCAAGUUCAUGAAGGAUUUGUUUUCAAAGAAGAAAAAAUUGAAGGAGGAUGCUACAAUAGCCUUAACUAAAGAAUGCAAUGCCAUUUUGCAGCAAAAAUUACCUUUAAAAUUGAAAGAUCUGAGCAGUUUUACAAUCCCCUGCAUUAUAGGAAAUAUGACCAUUGGAAAGGCUCUAUGCGACUUGGGGGCUAACAUCAACCUAAUGCCACUCUCUGUCUUGAAGAAAUUAGGAUUUGGUGAAGUUAAAAACAUUGGUGAAGAUUCCAAAGUGCCCGUGAUCCUAGGAAGACCUUUUCUAACCACCGGAAGAGCGCUAAUUGAUGUGCAACAAGGUCAAUUGAUGCUGAGGGUGCAUGAUGAGAAAGUGACUUUCAAAGUAUUUGAGGCAAUGCAACACCCAGAUGACAAGGACACUUGUUGCAAAGUAGACAUGUUGGAUUCUCUUGUUGCAGCAAAGGGUUUGAUGCAGGAAAAUUAUGCAGACCCAUUGAAGAAAGAUCUAGUCAAUACUAUCAUGAACAAUGAUGAAGAAAGUGAUGAAGAGUUACAAGAGAUUGUGCAAUAG